GAUAUUGUUAUCCACUGGCAGAGCCUGUUACUGUUGAACUUCGGAGAGGAUCUUGUCUACAGAAGUAGAUCGUGGAUCGUGGAUCGUGGAUCGUGGUACUCGGAGGUUUGCCAUGCGUUCUUCAACCCUAUAGGAACCCCGUCCUCAUAACAUCCCUAUCACUCCGCCUGCCCUAGAUUUCUUCAACCACAGACCGUCAUAUCCGUCAAAAUGGUCUCUUCAGUCCUGAAUAUUGGUGUACUACUUCUGCUAUUCGGUUUUGUCAACUCUCUCCAAGUUACGCCAGGGUCACCGUGUGCUGCAGUGUGCUUAGACCACCAGGAUGGCAAUACACAAAACCCGGCAGCAUCGUCAACGAACUCGUCAGAUAUCACUUGUCUCGAUAGCGAUUAUGGUUCUUCGUCAACUGGUAUCAAAUUCGAAAACUGUCUCAGCUGUCUAAAAGAUAGCAAUGCUGUUAGCGGCUCUGAGAGUGAUGUCUCUUGGUUCCUAUACAACUUGAGAUAUGCCGUCGAUGUAUGCGUUUUUGGCUCUCCAAAUGCCCCAAAGGCCAUCUCGUCCCCGUGCGAUAUUGAUUAUGGGUGUGCCCCUCUGGCCCAGUCGCUCCAAUAUGGCAUAUCAAACCCGAACAAUGCGUCAGAAUUCGGAUAUUGCACAGCGGGAAAUGGCGCUUUCAAGAGCGAAUCUGUUGAGGCGUGCUACCAAUGCUUUCAAGCAAGCGAUAACCAAGCUUACUUAGCUAACUUUCUCAUUGCUCUACAAGCUGGUUGCGAACAGACUCCUGCGCCGGGUAGCUUAAUUGGUUUCUCGGGAACACUGUUCUCUGAUAUUCCAAUAAAAAUCACCGCGCCGCCUACUGAUGACAGUGGUAAUGGCACUGAUACGUCGAAGACUGAUGACUCAAAUCCGACAUCGAUGACCACUGGUGCCAUAGUGGGCAUCGCUGUUGGAGGGGCGCUACUAUUUCUUGGUAGCCUGGGACUUUUCGUAGUUCACCAUCGCCGCGAAAAGAAGGCCCGGGAGCGCGAUGCCAUGGGUUCGGAUUACGAUCCUCGGGGAGGAAGUGGCUCUAUCUCAGCACCGAGCAAAGGAGCCUUUGCAUCCUAUGAUAGCAAGCCCUCUGUAUCAAUGAUAAGCGACUACGAGCUCAAGGCUCAGAGGGCAUACACAAACAACGCUAAUUACUACGACCUGGAAAAGGAGAUGGCGGCGCGGCGGACAAACUACAACUUAGAUCCACGACAACUUCCUACUCACCCUGCCUACAUUCCCGGAAAUACGAGUCGAGGUCCUUCUAGAACGGCUUCCCCCGCGCCUCCAGCAGCUGUGAAGUAUCGCGCACCAGACUCGUACGUCAUGCAGCAAUAUCUGAACGCGGUCGAAGACGUUGUUUCGAUACAUCUCCCACCACCACCACCACCACCGCCAUCGCACCCCCCAUCUCGAACCUCGAACCGAUCACCCUCUCCAGCGGAUUCUGCAACGACGAGGCUCUUAAAGAACCCCCAACCCGUAGCUCAAGUCCCACUCCCCCCUCCCCCAGCUCGCCACAAUAAGGUUCCGUCGCUGUCUAUGCCCACGGUACCACAUAUUAGGGUACCAAAGAAGUACUCUCCGCCGGUGAUAUCUUUACAGGGCGCGACGCCGGCCGACACACAAGAGAAGCAGCCUGGCGGCGAUGCGCAGAUAUCGAAGCCGCUGACAAUACACGAGCGGCGGUUUCAGGAUCGUGGACUGUAUAUUACGUCCUCCACGGAUAUCCUUGAGCAGCAAGUCGCACCGCCACCGCGGCUAGGGGAGAAUCUGAACGUAAGGACAGGGAAUAGCUCUUUCUACGGUUAAACCCGUAUUGUGUACGAUUUAUGUAUGGGUGUAUACAUCUGCAUAGAUACCCAAGGGACUUUUGGUAAUAUUAGGGAUGGCGUUCUGGAUGCUUCGCUUGGGACGAGGUAUUAGAAAACUGGAAUGGCAUAGCAUUGAAUGGGAAACGAACGGGAGACGAUGCACUUAAUUGUAUGGCGCAUACAGAAGCUAUCUUACAGUUACU